AGCCCACAUUUGUUUCACCGAGUGGCUUGGCUCUGAGCAGAGGUUCACUGUAACCGUAAUUGCCAUUUGCAGUUGCAGUGCAUUGGGGCAAUAUGAGACUUUCCUUCUCCUUCACUACCAGUGGGUGUUUCCUACAUCUGAGUUCCUGAGAAGCUGCUUGCAGUGCAUCCUAUUUACCGUGUGGGAGAGAGGAGAGGAGCCAAGCGCAUUGUGCACUGAUACAGAAGAAAUGCCCUUUUAAGACAGUCAAACACACAGUUCUGUUUGUCUCUGUUACUAAGGCUUGGAAAGUGAACAGUAAGUCAUGCCAAGCUGAAGGAAAAUUGCCCGGCCCUGAGCCUAAUCCUCUACUGGCAUAAUUCCAUUGAAGUCAGUUGAGUUUCUCCUGCAGAGAAAUUGGGCCCCUGACUUUUACUGAGGGCAAAGUGCAAUUUUAAAUCUCCAAGUGUGACACAUCGAUUCUCAGACCAAAAGAUUCUGCUUCAGUUCUCCCCCUCCUUCCUCUUUUAGAGCCUGAUCCCGGAUGGUGCUGAGCACCCUCAUCCACAGGAUGCCCUGAACACCAUCCAAAUGGAGCUGAGCUGUCUGUUCGGCCCUUCCCCCACCUGAGCCGGAGCAGCAGCCAACGUGGGUCUUUUCAAAAGCGUCCCUUGACUUCCCUUUGGAGCUCAGAACCUCUGCUCAUUACUAAUCAGUGAAGCCGACUGCAUUUGCCUUUUAAAAAUGUCUCACAGACAAGUGAAGAAGACAAAAUGAGGGAGACCAAUGAAAUGGUGAAGCGGGCCAUGGAUCGAAUUGACGAGGCUAUGACACCUGGAUCAAAUGAGGUGGUUGGGCACAUCCAUCCAGAAUGUGACUUUUUAGUUGAGCUGAAGAAAAAUGAGAAUGAAUGUCUGAGGGGCGCUGAAGAUCAUGGAAAUGAAACUGCAGGUUGCAGGAAAACAUGGGACAGGCUACUGUGCUGGCCAAAUGCAGAAGCUGGUGAGACUCUCACGUUGCCCUGCCCAAAGAUCCUCUUUCACUUCCUCAAGGAGCCAGGCUUGGUAAGAAGAAACUGUACAGUGAAUGGCUGGUCUGAUCCAUUUCCCUCCUAUCACAUUGCCUGUCCAGUGAACGAUGAGAUUCCAGUUCAGGAACACUCCUAUUUUUCUACAGUAAAGAUCAUCUACACUGUGGGGUACAGCAUAUCUAUCUCCUCCCUCACUCUGGCUGUGAUUGUUCUAAUUGUAUUCAGGAGACUCCGCUGUCCCAGAAAUUACAUCCACAUCCAGCUCUUUCUCACCUUCAUCUUGAAAACUAUUGCCAUUUUCAUUAAGGAUGCGGUCCUCUUCCAGGAGGAAGAUAUUGACCAUUGCAGCUUUUCUACAACUGAAUGCAAGAUUUCAGUGGCUUUCUGUCACUAUUUUAUGAUGGCUAAUUUCAUGUGGCUGCUGGUAGAGGCGCUUUACCUGAACUGUCUGCUCUUAUCAUCCUUUCCUCAUGGAAGACGCUAUUUUUGGUGGCUUGUUCUGUUUGGAUGGGGUUUCCCAACGGUUUUUACCCUAGUGUGGAUAUUAGCAAAGCUGUAUUUUGAAGACACUGCAUGCUGGGAUAUUAACCAAGGCUCGCCUUACUGGUGGCUAAUCAAAGGUCCUAUUAUCAUUUCUGUUGGGGUCAACUUUAUCCUUUUCAUCAACAUCAUCAGAAUCUUGCUGAAAAAGCUGGACCCGAGACAAAUCAACUUCAAUAAUUCAUGUCAGUACAGACGUCUCUCAAAAUCAACACUGCUUCUCAUUCCGUUAUUUGGGACACAUUACAUUGUCUUCAACUUCCUCCCUGAAUACACCAACCUGGGAGUCCGGCUAUAUUUAGAGCUCUGCAUUGGAUCUUUCCAGGUGCAAGCGGAAAUUGGCCGGAGAUGGCAUGGGAAGAGCUAUGGACUUAUGCCAGUGUGGAGGAAGAGGACGAGGUGGACCAUGCCAUCUAGUUCUGCAAUAAAAAUGACUACCUCUGUGUGUUAGGGACAGCUGCUGGACUGGGAGCAAUGGUGUUUAAGACCCCAAAUGUGAUUUAGGAACCUGAAUUUAAAUCAUCUGACUGUAACUUAAAAUGCCUGAGUGAAUUAGAGAAGACUAAUCCAGUUCUGUCUAGUUCCAUAGAAAUUCUCCACACCAGACUUCUACAGAAGGAUAUGAAGUUACAAGAAUUACAGCAUCAGAUCAAACACCAGUUGGCUGCUUAUAUAAUCCUUUUCAUGUGUAUCAUAUGCAGCACAGCAACAGAAUCAUAACACAACAACUUCCUCUUCUUUUGUCCAUUUCUGAACUAUUUUCAUGGACUACACAUUAAAGCACAUCAACUGAGAGAUCACCAAAAGUAUCCUAAAGUGACACCAUGAAAGUGUCAGAUCUGGAAUUCACUACCACCCUCUUCAAAUUGUGGGAACUGGAUUCAGACUGCUAGUUUUGAAUCAGUAGACUAGCAAACAAGAAACAGAAUGCCUUUUGAACCUACAGCACAAUGUUUUCAGUCCCCUCAUAAGUAAGGAGAUCCAGAGUUAAGGCAAAACCCAACUAUAGCCUGAACUCUUGAUAUUGUGCAAAAGCUGUUUCUCAAAUUAUGGUCCCUGGACCACCAAUAAUGUAUCUUGGUAGCCUACAGGUGAAACUUUCUGAGAAUUAAGUAGUAGGAAACUGAGCUGUUGGAGGAAGAUGAUUCCAUGAGGGUGGUGUUUUAUGAGAAAUUGGGCUAACUAACUAAAACAAGCAGGGAAACCAAUGAAACUGCUCAUUGGAGAAAGAGAAUACGAUAGGCAACGUAUUGAUAAAUUUUUACUUGAGAAGGGAAAGCAAUGAGAAUAAUAGAAAAACCAGUGAGUAAGAAAGUAGGAGUUGUUUGAGAGAGACAAAAGAAGAAAAUGAAUGAGUGUGGGAAGAGACUAGAGGUGGUCAGGAAAUUGUUUUUCCCUAUGAAAAUUUUUGACAAAAAUAAAAGAAAUGUUCACUUGCCAAACAUUUUGAUUCUUGAUUUUUCAGGCUUUUGUCAAAAAAAAACAAACGCUAUUUUUUUUUUCAGUUUUAAACUGGAAAAAACAAAAUUUUUUUUUGACAAAUUUGAAUUUCUUUUGCAAAGAUUUCUGUUUUUUUGGAAAAGCCAUUCUCCAUCAAAAACAAAAAAAGAUUUCAAUAGAAAAUUUUCACCCACUUCUAGAAGAGAGUAUAAUAAUGCAUGAUACAAGAGCUGGUUGUUACCAAUUAGUACAUGCAAACAGUAGCAUGAAUUCAGAUUUCUCCAUAAUAGCGUCUGCUCUCAGAGGAACAUAUUGCCUUAAAGACUGUGGGCCAGAUCCUCAAAGGUACUUAGGCUCCCAGUGAAAGUUAGGAGCUUAAAUAUCUUCCAGGAUCUGGGCUACAUGUCUGUUCUAGUGUCCGUGAGCACUCAAAAUAGCAGGGACAUAGGAAUUGUGGGACUCACUCUCAACUAUAGAAGGGCCAGGUGACUUAAGUUCUUUCUUAAACAGCUUUGGCUGGUUUUGCUCUCCAUUGUCAUCACACUCAUUUAGGAGCUUGGGAAUCAAAAUGCAUUCCCUAUCUUUGUCCUUUUCAUUGAGCUUUCCCCAAUGGGUGCUGGAGUCUGGGGAGAGAGUGAUUAUUAUCAGUGAACUUUUUGAAUAGGAACAACAAGUUUCAGAAAGUGGGGAGGAUAAACUUUAGUGAAAGAUGAUGGGUGAGAGGUCAAUCAGCAUCCAUCCAGUCCUUUGGGCAUUCCGCUGGGCUUUAAUCUCAGCAGUUUAAACAACAAAAAAUAUAAUAUGGCAGAGAGAGGAGUGGCCUUCUCCUUUCUUGUGUGGUAGCCCGAUAUAGGUAAUCCAAUGGGAUGGGUUGAUCUCCAUGGACAGAUCUUCCCCCUCCCUUGUGGAAGUAAGGGUCAAUCGCUUUGGCACUGGACCCCAAUCUCCUUCCUCUAACCCAUAGGCUUGCCUUCUGCACUAGGGAUGGGGAUGGAGACUGGGGGGUGCACAAUUCCCAGCUGUGCAGUGACUCCCAGGAAAAUAUAACACACAUUGGCACUCCUCAAUAUCUCUUACACAGAGCCGGGAGACCCCCUUCCCCUGCUCACGUAGAUCCUGUGGGCACUUUGGUGGGUAGCACCUAUAAUUCACGUUGAUCACAUGACUGUAUGUGACCCAAGGUGAAAUGAGGGUUUUCCUGCAGUCAGUGCCUUAUAUAAAUACCUAUAAGAGUUGAGUGAUGUAGUCAAUGUGUAUUAGAUUGGAGGCAUUGUAAGAUUAAACCCUCAAGGUAAUUACUUGAGUUUUCACUCCAUACACCAGGAAUUAUCCAGCCUCAAUAAGAUUAUUAAUUUUCACAUGAUUGGGUAGAGAGAGUUUUCGAGCUUCUGAGGUUUUAAAAUUAAUCUUCAAGUUGGAAAUGUAUCCCCAUAGAGCACAUAGUGUCACCACACUGAGAAAAAAGAGAAUGAGACUGAGGGCAAAUAGAAAUCUUUCUUGUACUUAUGAGAUCAUUCUAUGUUUGGUGUUGUACGUUUCUAAAUGUGCGCAUCAUUUUCCAUGUUCCCAUGUCAUGACCAGUGAUAUUACAUGUGGUGUAUCAGGACACAGAUAACUGUUGAAUUGAUUGUCCUCAAUUUUUUCCAUUGUUUGUAAUCCUGUCUUGGAAACCUGAAAAUAUUUACUUCACACGAA